AUGAAGGUUACCUUCAAGGACUUGAAGCAGCAAAAGUUUACGCUCGAUGUCGAGCCCACCGACCUUAUCUCUGUUGUCAAGCAGAAGAUUGCCGGUGAGAAGGGAUGGGAUCCCAAGGAUCAGAAGCUUAUCUACUCUGGCAAGAUUUUGAAGGACGACGACACCGUCGAGUCCUACAAGAUUGAGGAGAAGGGCUUCGUUGUCUGCAUGGUCAACAAGCCCAAGGCUCCCAAGCCCGCUCCCGCCGAGACUUCUUCUGCUCCCGCCGUCCCCGCGACUCCGGCCCAACCCGUAGCCGCAACCCCGGCUGCUCCUCCUGCUCCGGCAGCCCAGGCUGCUGCCCCGGCGGCGGUCCCCUCUACGCCGACUCCGGCUGCUCGCAACACGGGCGGCGACGCCGGCAGCAAUGACCCCUCGAUGGCCAUGGGCGCCCAGCGCCAGGAGGUGAUUGCAAACAUGGAGGCCAUGGGCUUUGAGCGUACCCAAAUUGACGCUGCCAUGCGUGCUGCCUUCUACAACCCCGACCGCGCCGUUGAGUACCUGCUUACCGGUAUCCCCGAUAACAUUCAGGAAGAGCAGCAGCAACGCCAGGCUGCUCCUGCCGCUCCCGCAGCUGAGCCCGCAGCCGGUGGCGGAGGCGACGACGGAAACGUCAAUCUCUUCGACCUCGCAGCCCAGCGUGGUGGCAGUGGUGGCACUGGCCCUACUCGUGCACCUGGUGGUAACUCCCAAGCGGCCGCAGCUGCCGCAGCCGCCGCCGCCGCGGCUCAGGGUGGCUUUGGCAACUUGGACUUUUUGAGAAACAACGCUCAGUUCCAGCAGCUGCGCCAGGUUGUUCAACAGCAGCCCCAGAUGCUGGAGCCCAUCCUCCAGCAGCUCGGCGCUGGCAACCCUCAGCUUGCCCAGCUGAUCGCCAAUAACCCCGAUCAGUUCCUGCAGCUAUUGGGCGAAGAGGUGGACGAUGACGUUCCCUUGCCCCCUGGUGCGCAAGCUAUCGCCGUUACCGAGGAGGAGCGCGAUGCCAUUGAGCGGUUAUGCCGCCUUGGCUUCGACCGUGACGCCGCUAUUCAGGCUUACUUCGCUUGCGAUAAGAACGAGGAGCUCGCGGCAAACUUUCUGUUCGACCAGCCCGAUGACGAUGAUCCUCCCCAGAACUAA